GAGAGGUGUGUGUGUGUGUGUGUGUGUGGGUUGGGGGGGGGUUGGAACAUGGCUGUUUCAGGAGGCUUGUUCCUGAAUGGUUUGGUGCAGGAACAUGGGGUACAAAGCAAUGACCUGUGCAGGAGUUUGGAAGUGGGCACCGUCAUGACUUUGUAUUACUCCAAGAAGUCGCAGCGGCCCGAGAGGAAGACCUUCCAGGUGAAGCUGGAGACCAGGCAGAUCAUCUGGAGCCGAGGAUCCGAGAAGAUCGAGGGGGAGAUUGACAUUCGAGAAAUCAAAGAAAUUCGUCCGGGAAGGAAUUCCCGGGAUUUUGAACGAUACCAGGAUGAUGGCGCUCGGCCCGAUCUCUCCCGGCCAGAUUUAACCCACUGUUUUGUCAUUCUGUACGGGAUGGAAUUCCGGCUCAAAACUCUCAGUCUCGCAGCCACCUCAGAAGACGAGAUGAACAUGUGGAUAAGUGGGCUCAAUUGGCUUCUGGCUGACACUAUGAAAUCACCAACACCGCUUCAGAUCGAAAGGUGGCUGAGGAAACAGUUCUACAUUGUGGAUCGGAAUCGAGAAGAUCGGAUCACAGUGAAAGAUCUGAAGAACAUGCUAUCCCAGGUUAACUACCGAGUCCCCAACAUGAAGUUCCUGCGGGAAAAAUUCACGGACCUGGAGUUGCGAAGUGGGGACGUCACAUACUGUCAGUUUGCACAGCUCUACAGGAGUCUGAUGUUCGAUGCUCAGAAACACAUUGAGGUCCCUUUCCUUCAGAGGAACUGCGAGAAGCCUGAAGUCUGCAAAAUCUGCCUCCCGGAUUUUCAGCGAUUUCUACUGGAUUAUCAGAAGGAACGAUGGGCUAUAGACAUUCAUCAGGUGAAGGAGUUCAUGUUUAAUUACCUCCGUGACCCCCUGAGGGAGAUUGAAGACCCGUUUUUCUAUCUGGAUGAGUUCCUGAGUUUCCUGUUUUCCAAGGAAAACUCAGCUUGGGAUGCGGGAUUUGAUCAGGUUAGCCUUGAGGAGAUGAACAGCCCCCUGUCUCAUUACUGGAUCUCUUCUUCUCAUAACACCUACCUGACGGGGGACCAGUUCUCUAGUGAGUCCUCUUUGGAAGCCUAUGCCCGUUGCCUGAGGAUGGGGUGUCGCUGUAUUGAGCUGGAUUGCUGGGAUGGACCAGAGGGGAUGCCGGUGAUAUACCACGGACACACUCUGACUUCAAAGAUCAGAUUUUCUGAUGUUCUAACGACGAUUAAAGAACACGCCUUUGUGACUUCAGAAUAUCCUGUGAUCCUGUCCAUUGAAGAUCACUGCAGCAUUGUCCAACAGAGAAACAUGGCCGGAUUCUUCAAGAAGGUGUUUGCAGACAUGCUGCUGACAAAGCCUGUGGACAUCACCGCAGAUGGGCUCCCAUCACCUAGUCAACUGAGGAGAAAAAUCCUGAUCAAGCACAAGAAGCUGGCUGAGGGAAGUGCCUACGAGGAAGUCUCGACCUCCACCUACUCCGAAAACGACAUCAGUAACUCCAUAAAAAAUGGAAUCUUGUACCUGGAGGAUCCCAUCAACCACGAAUGGAAUCCACAUUUCUUCGUCCUCACCAGCAGCAAAAUCUAUUACUCGGAGGAGACAUCUGGGAACCAGACAAACGAAGAUGAGGAAGAACAGCGCGAACCCUGCAAUGGCACUGAGCUUCACGUGACAGAGAAGUGGUUCCACGGGAAGCUGGGAGCGGGGCGCGACGGCAGGCAGAUAGCGGAGCGGCUGCUAACGGAAUACUGCAUCGAAACCGGGGCCCCGAACGGCUCCUUCCUGGUGCGAGAGAGCGAAACCUUCGUUGGUGAUUACACGCUCUCAUUUUGGAGAUCCGGGAAAGUGCAGCAUUGCCGCAUCCACUCCCGGCAGGAGGCGGGCACCCCCAAGUUCUACCUAACGGACAACCUGGUGUUUGACAGCCUGUACGCCCUGAUCACUCACUAUCAACAGGUCCCCCUGCGCUGCAAUGAGUUUGAGAUGCGACUGACCGAGCCAGUGCCUCAGACCAACGCACAUGAGAGCAAAGAGUGGUACCACGCUAACCUGUCCCGGGUCCAGGCAGAGAACAUGCUGAUGAGGGUCCCACGAGAUGGAGCCUUUCUGGUUCGAAAGAGAAACGAACCCAAUUCAUACGCAAUCUCUUUCCGAGCUGAGGGGAAGAUCAAGCAUUGCCGUGUCCAGCAGGAGGGACAGUUGGUCUUCCUGGGCAACUCGGAGUUCGACAGCCUGGUCGACUUGGUCAGUUACCACGAGAAACAUCCGCUGUACAGGAAGAUGAAGCUCCGUUACCCCAUCAACGAGGAGACGCUGGAAAAGAUCGGCACAGCUGAACCGGACUAUGGUGCGCUCUAUGAAGGACGGCAGCCAGGGUUCUACGUGGAAGCUAACCAGAUGCCCAUGUUUAAGUGCACGGUGAAAGCGAUGUACGACUACAGACAGCAGAGGGAUGACGAGCUGUCAUUCUGCAAGCACGCCAUCAUUCAGAACGUUGACAAGCAGGACGGGGGCUGGUGGAAAGGUGACUAUGGAGGCAAGCGACAGCUCUGGUUCCCGGCUAACUAUGUGGAGGAGAUAACAAGCCCGAGUACCUCGGAACCCGAGCGACCACCUCUCGCUGAAAACAGCCCGCUCGGAGAUCUCCUGGGCGGAGUCCUGGACGUACCUUCCUGUCAGAUUGCUGUGCAUCCGGAGGGGAAAGGCAGCCGGCCGUACGUCUUCAAGAUAAACAUGGGCCCGUACUCCCGGCACGGAGGGUCCAUGGACCUGGCGGCAGAAUCGCAGGAAGAACUGAACGACUGGGUGACCAAAAUACGUAACGCGGCGCAGACAGCAGACGCCAGGAAAGAAGAAGGGAAAAUAAUGGAACGCAGGAAGAAGAUCGCCCUGGAGCUGUCAGACCUGGUCGUGUACUGCAGGCCUGUCCCCUUCGAUGAAGAAAAGAUCGGGAGUGAACGGGCCUGCUAUAGGGACAUGUCGUCCUUCCCGGAAACCAAAGCCGAGAAAUAUGUGAACAGGAUCAAAGGGAAGAAGUUCCUGCAGUACAACCGGCUACAGCUGAGCCGUAUCUACCCAAAGGGCCAACGUCUCGAUUCGUCCAACUAUGACCCUCUGCCCAUGUGGAUCUGCGGGAGCCAGUUGGUGGCACUAAACUUUCAGACUGCAGACAAACCCAUGCAGAUGAAUCAGUCCUUGUUCAUGAUGAAUGGGAAGUGUGGGUACGUUCUGCAGCCGGACAUCAUGAGAAACGAGCAGUUCGAUCCGUUUGACAAGAAUUCCCUGAGGCCCGCAGACUCGUUCAAUAUCCAGCUCCAGGUGCUGGGUGCUCGACACCUGCCCAAAAACGGGAGAGGCAUCACCUGUCCCUUCGUGGAGAUCGAGGUCUGCGGAGCGGACUAUGACAAUGUCAAGUACAAGAGUGAAAUCGUUGCGGAUAAUGGCCUAAACCCCACGUGGAUGUCCAAGCCGUUCUCUAUAAACCUCAGCAACCCCGAGUUCUGCUUCCUGCGGUUUGUGGUUUAUGAGGAGGACGUGUUUAGUGAUCCCAACUUCCUAGCAGAAGCAACGCUUCCUGUCAAAGCCAUCAGAACAGGUUACAGAUCCGUGCCUUUGAAGAACAGCUACAGCGAGGACCUGGAACUAGCAGCCUUGUUGAUUCAUUUGGUGGUGAUGGAGUCUCUGAUAAAGGAGAACGGUGACUCUGUUCUGUGCGCCUCAAAUCCGUCUCAGCAGGAGCGCUCGAGCGAGCUCUCCAGCCAGCUGCUGGCCUACAGGGGCAGGGAGGGCUCUUUCGAUUCCCGAUACCAACAGGAGGAACUCCGUGGGCUUCAGGAGCAGCCUCUGGAACCUGCCGACUCCCGGGAUAGGAGGUUAUUAAGAAGGACCAGGAUAAGUGGGGACAACAGAUGAAACCCCGCCAGCAUGGACAGCAUGGACAGACGGACGCCCUUGUCAGUUCUAGAGACACGGACUGCUGCGAUUUGGUUUCUAUGGAAACUGCUGCUCUGGCCUAUUUCUGGGAGCCUCUCCGAUGCAACUCCCAAACCUCGUAUCCAUGGGAAACCGCAUUCUAACUCCCUUCCCUCCCCCCCUCUCCCCCAACCCGGUAAAUGCCAGUUAGUUCCGUUUUUUUUAAUGCAUUGCCAAAAGAGAGAGGGAAAAAAAGGUUUUAAGACCAAAAAAAAAGUCCAUCACCACACAGAGACUGGAACCUGCCGAGAGUGUAACAUCGUUGGAAUUUAUUUUCUGUUGGGAAGUCAUUCGUGAGUUGAUUGCUUACAGAAUUGUGAGAGAAUAGUUCUUACUCCGCCCCCCCCCCCCCCCACCAAAUAAACAGAUCACCCCAGCUAUUAUACAUGUGCCUGUGCUAGUAUAAUGUAAUAUAAAGAGGAUGCUUUACCAUUGAGGCAUAUUAGACCUUGUUUAUUAAAUACAUGUUUGUGAUGUAUCA